AUGUCCGAUACUGAUUCAACAACGAGUCAACAAGAUUUUCAUUCUCUACCACCUGAAUCACCGUUUCGUUCAGAUGAUUCUCAUGUUGAAAAUGAUAAGUGUAGUAAUGGAAGUAGUAGAGCUAUUGUUGCUGUUGACACUCCAUCGCCGCCUGGAAGACCCAAUUUACCGGCGAGUUCUCCGGCUGUUAGAGGGAAGGGAUUUAAGCCUUGGCCACAUUCAGGAAGGCCCACGUCGGAAAAUCUUGAUUUUCAUGCGAAGAACGGUCGGAGUGGUGCUAGUAAUCUACCGGUAUCGGGGCUUAACCGGUAUGUAAGGGAUGAACCCCCGCCGGGAGUGAUGAAGGUGGAAAAAGUGAGGGGAGAUAUUGGUGGGGUGGAGGAGGGGUACGGUGGAGGUAGUGGUGGGAAGGAUGAAGCGGGUGGAGAGAGGCAGUCGAGGGAGGCGGUGGAGUCGAUAUUGAAGAGGUCGAAAUCGGAGUCGAAAGUGAAGAAAGUAGCAUUGUUUUUUAGAGUGUUUGAAGUGAUAGCUUGCUUGGUUUCGUUCACAGUAAUGGCUGCCGAUAAAACUCAAGGGUGGAGUGGCGAUUCAUUUGAUCGGUAUACAGAGUACAGGUACUGUCUAUUCGUGAACAUUACUGGAUUCGUCUAUUCCGGUUUUCAGGCAGUUGUUCUGGCCUAUCAUUUGGCCACGGGGAAUCACGUCAUCUCUGAUUAUCUACGAUACCAUUUCGAUUUCUUAUCGGAUCAGAUACUGGCUUACCUUCUAAUGUCAGCAUCAUCCUCGGCAGCUUCCCGGGUGGAUGAUUGGAUAAUGAAUUGGGGACAGGACGAGUUCACAUUGUUCGCCAGUGCAUCUGUGGCGAUGUCGUUCGUGGCUUUUCUUGCCUUCGCUGUUAGUUCUGUCAUAUCAGGUUUGGCCAUUGUCAUUUUAUUCCAUGCAGCAGGAAUAAGAGCUAAUGCAAAGGCUCGUAGGGAAAACAGUAAGGGCAUACGGAGUUCUAGCAAUAGGAUUGCUGGAAAUCGGUUGCAGCUGACAUUCUGUAGUAUGGCUGUAACUGGAGAGGUGAAGGCAGUAUAA